GAGGUUGAGAGGGAUUUGGUCUGAGAUUACUUGCGAAGGAGACGCUGGGGAAGGCACAGGGCACUCUGGACUAUUCACAAGUUCCGGCACAAGUGGAAUGGUACAGAAAUUUCCGAAUUCAUUUCGGUGAGCUUUUUUUUAUCAACACCACGGCAAAUUUGCUUACUUGAGGUGCAUGACCACGCCAAAGGAGAUAGUUGUGAAGUUGGAAAUUUUAGAGAGCCAUUUCGAAUCUGUAAGCCGAAGGGAGAAUUUACCAGGCUGUUUAUCGAGCUGGAGAAUGCUGAGGAGGUCAUUUGUCGACUGAAGGUAUGGCUAGCGGGCGGAGAUCGCUGCUGGACGAUGAUGAAGGAGACGAGGAGGUUGCCCCGCAGCUGCGAGUGAAUGAAUCGUAUGCUAAGCGGUUCGUGCACAACAAGGAACGUGAAGACUUGCACCGGCUUCAGGAGCUGCGCAAGGACGGGCUUGCUCAGGAUUCCGAUGAAUCGUCGUCCGAAGAGGAAGACGAGGACGGACUUCUGUCCGUGAAAACAGAGGAGAGGAUUUUUGAAACUCUUUCCAAAAUUAAGAAACGCGACCCUAGUAUUUACUCUCAAAAGACUGCGUUUUUUGGAGAUGACAACGAGGAAGAUGAGGAAGAAGUUAAAUCCACAGUGAAGAAGCAGAAACCCCAGUAUUUGAAAGAUGUGAUUGCUCGCCAGCUGCUUGAUGGUGGCCCAGAGGACGAGGAAGAGUUAGUGGAGAAGCCCAGGCCUAAAAGCUAUCUCACGGAGCAGGAGGAACUGAAGAGAGCUUUUCUGCAAGGUGUGAGAGAAGUCGAAGGAGAGGAAGAUGCUGACGAUCUUCUGAGGGUGAAGAAAAAGACGAAGGAGGAGAUCGACAAGGAGAAGCAAGACACGGAGGAGGCAAUUGCAUGGGCCGAGCAGCGGGCAAAGGACGCCAGCAUUGCCAAGAAGCUAGAGGAAUACUUCGGUAGAGACGACGACCUGGAUGAUAACGACAAGUUUCUGAAAGAAUUUCUUUUGAACAAGGGCUGGGUUGAUCAGGAUCAGAAGACGAGUAGGUUUCCGAGGUAUGGCGAGGACACUGAAUUGUUAAGCGAAGAUGAGGACGAAUUGGAAGAGCAGGAGGAGUACGAGGCGGACUACAAUUUCCGUUACGAGCAAGGGGAUAACACUUACGUUAAGGGACAUUCCAGGAUUAUAGACGAUUCUGUGCGAAAGAAGUCGGAAACAAGGAAGAAGCAGAGAGAGAACAAGAGGCUCCGUCAGUCUGAAGAGGAGCGAGCUCGGCAGGAUGAAUUGAAGCGACUGAAGAACGUGAAGAAGAAAGAGAUUUUGGAGAAAUUGGCCAAAAUCAGGACCGUCGCAGGCGUUAGCGAAAAGGCUGGAGCCGAAGUCCUGGAUGAAGAUGACUUGGAGGAAGAUUUUGAUCCCGAAGAGUACGAUAAGAAGAUGAAGGAAGCGUUUGGUGAAGAGUACUAUGGGGCCGAUGAUCCUGAUUUCGCUUCGGAUGACGGAGAGGGAUUAGAAAAACCGGACUUCGACGCAGAAGAUGAACUGCUGGGAAUAGCGCCGGAAGCAGGUAUCAAAGGAGCAGGUUUCGCAGCCACCAAAGAAAAGCUGGACAAAAAGGUUAAGGUUCCAUUCGAAGAGAAGGUGAUGAUUGACAGGCAUCUCGAGGAAUACUACAAACUUGAUUACGAGGAUGUGAUCGGUGAUUUGCCGACUAGGUUUAAGUAUACGCAAGUGAAGCCGAACAAGUACGGCAUGAAAACUAAGGAUAUCUUAGCUGUCGAUGACGCGGAGCUCAAUCAGUUUGUUUCUUUGAAAAAACUAGCACCUUACACCACACAGGAGUGGAAGCCUAAGCGGCCGUUUCCCCGGUUAAGCAAGAAAGGCAGACAAAAGAAGGCCUUGAAGUCUGAUGACGGUGUCGAGAGGGUUGACAAACAGCAGGACAACUCCGCUGAUGAAGCCGAUGGAGACGCAGAGCAGAACGACCAUCAACCUGACAGGGCAGGUACCACUGGCAGUGAUUUGGAUGACGCGGAUGAAGCCGUCUCGGAUGUGGGUGAUAAAGGUGAACCUACUAAAGGGAAUGGGGAAGCAAACGGCGUCAAGAAGAAGAGGAAGAGGAAGAAAUCGAAUACACCUCUUCCUCAGUCUCGAAUGCUUACGUACGCACCACCAACAAAGAAGAAGAAAGUUAAGAGGUGACAUUUAGAUGCAGUUAGCUAGUAGUAUGUAGAUUCUAUUGAAAGUAGAGUUGAUCGUAUAUUUUGGAGAAAUGCACGAGAAAUUUUUGCGAGCCUAUUUUCCACAGAUGGAAGCGGAGAGUAAUGUUGCCACGCAUAUGGUCUCCACAUGUUUUUCCAGUGGUUGGUCCUACUGCAACCCUUCUAUCUGUGUGUGUGGCCAAUUGGCGUCUGUUGGAAGGCCAGAGGCGUCAUUUGUACAUUUUUGGUACGAACUAGUCAGGAAUGUUUGUACCCGCACUUCAUUUACCCAGUUAAGAUUCACUUAUCUCCUUCCUUCCUUUGUUCA